AUGCGGGAGGCGAAGCUGGAACCCAACGUCAUCAGCUACAACGCUGGGAUCAGCGCGUCGCGUGCGGGAAGGGUGAGCAAUGGCAACGCUCUCUGGCGCUGUUCAGCGAGAUGUGGAAGGCGAAGCUGGAGCCGGACGUCAUCCAUCUUCAACGCUGGGAUCAUUGCGUGCGAGAAGGGUGAGCAAUGGCAGUGGUCGCUGGCGCUGUUGAGCGAGAUGCGGGAGGCAAGUCUGGAGCCCGACGUCAUCAGCUACAACGCUGGGAUCAGCGCGUGCGGACAGGGCGAGCAGUGGCAUCGGGCGGUGGCGUUGCUCAGGGACAUGUGGGAGGCGAAGCUUGAGCCCACCCAGAUUCAGCUACAACGCUGGGAUCAGCGCGUGCGGGAAAGGCAGACAGUGGUACCAGGCCUUGCUGCUGCUCAGCGAGAUGUGGGAGGCGAAGAUGGAGCCCGACCCCUAGUCUCCUACAAUGCCGGGAUCAGCGCGUGCGAGAAGGGCGAGCAGUGGCAGCGGGCUCUGGCACUGGUCGGCGAGAUGUGGGAGGCGAAGCUAGAGCCCGACGUCAUCAGCUACAGUGCUGGGAUCAGCGCGUGUGAGAACGGUCAGCAGUGGCAGCUGGCCCUGUCGCUGCUCAGCCAGAUGGUCGAGACGAAAUUGGAGCCUGACAACAUCAUCUACAACUCUGGGAUCUGCGCUUGCGAGAAAGGUCAGCAGUGGCAGCGGGCCCUGUCGUUGCUCAGCGAGAUGGGCGAGACGAAACUGGAGCCCGACUUCAUCAGCUACAACGCUGGGAUCAGCGCGUGCGAGAAAGGUCAGCAGUGGCAGCGGGCCCUGUCGCUACUAAGCGAGAUGGCCGAGACAUAUUUGGAGCCCGACGUCAUCAGCUACAAUGCUGGGAUCAGCCGCGUGCGAGAAGGGCGGGCAGUGGCAGCGGGCGCUCGCGCUGCUGAGCGAGAUGCGGCAGGUGAACCUGGAGCCCACUUCAGCUACGGCGCUGGGAUCAGCGCGUGCGAGAAGGGCGAGCAGUGGCAGCGGGCGCUUGCGCUGCUGGGCGAGAUGCGGGAGGCUAAGCUGGAGCCCAACGACAUCAGCUACAACGCUGCGACCUGCGCGUGUGAGAGAUGCGGCCAGUGGCGGCAUGCGUUGUCGCUGCUCAGCGAGAUGCGGGAGUGCAAUGUGGAGACGAGCGACAUCAGUUGCAACAUGUGCACCACAGCUUAUGAGAGGUCGUCUCUCGACUCGGCAGGAUUUCCAGGCUAUCUUGGGAUCGGUCUUUCGCGUUUUUGCGUGUCUUGCGAAGCACUGUGCGUGUGA